AUGGCCAACUACUCCACUACAACCAUUGGGCUCAUGCCCCGUCUUCUCCUUACCCCCGCAACCGCUGCGUGGACCGUUCCCUUCGGAGCGUACCUCAUCCUCCUCUCUGGCCGUGUCGUAUACCUCCGUCUCACCACCAAGACGUUCCUCGGUGACCACAUCGAGGCCGCAUCCCCCCCAGCCGGCAAGACCGAGCUGGGUGGCGGUGCAAACAAGACAGAGCUCGGAAAGACCGAGUUUAGUGCUGGGAUGGGAAAGAAGAAGAGCAUUGCAGAGAAUCCGGAUCGGCUGUUCUUGGAAACCAGGUGCUAUGCUAACUACAUGGAGACCGUGCCGACGGCUAUGAUUUUCUCCUUGAUCGCGGAGCUUAACGGGGCAGACCAUAAGACGUUGAGCUAUGCCCUUGGAGCGUAUUUCAUGCUCAAGAUUGCUCAUAUUGAAUUUGGACUUCGCAGUCCUGGAACUAUGGGUGUCGGGAGACCGAUUGGAUACUAUGGUGCCCAGACCUGGCUCGCAUGCAUGGCCGGCUACUGCGCGUACCUCACCAAGGACUACUGGAUGGCUUAA